GUGUUACACAAAACCAACAGCUGCAAAAUAAAUUAUGMUGCCAUAUUCUGGUGAUCCCACAUUGUUCUUCAUCUACUAAAUUCUAGACACAUUUGUACAUUUCCACCACACUAAUGAAAUUCUUACAUAAAUAGAUGUACCAUGGGCUGUAAAUGCACUUUUUAACUCUGCAAAACAAACUUUUAGGAUCACAGCAUCAAGGAAUUAUUUUGUACAGCAUAGUCACUCUAUAAAAAGCCACCAGGUUUCUAGUUUCAUGCCAGUUCAGGAUGUGAAGUUUUUUGACACCGACACAAAGAUGAAACAAAGGUUUUACAGUAAAAUAACCAAUCAGGUCUUUGGCAGCUAACUGGGACCCUCUGCCUUURACUGUUCCAGCAUGUGUUUGAUAGCAAGUCAUCAUCAGGCUCCAACAAAGGCAAAUCAAACAACARGGGGCUAUUCUGCUGAUAUUUAAAUCUGCCCCAUUUGAGUAUCAAAGACUUUUGCCACACUCUGCACAUUUUGUUUACGGAUAAAUACUUUGAUGGAGCUGCAGCAAAGAAUGAGGUCUGCAGUGCGUCCAAAUGGGAAAGAUCACUUUUUUCGAAGAGAAGAAGUUCCAGGGCCGCUGCUACAACUGCAGCAGCGAGUGCGCCGACCUGCACACGCACUUCAGCCGCUGCAACUCCAUCCGGGUGGAGAGUGGCGUGUGGGUCAUCUACGAGAGGCCCAACUACAAGGGCUUCCAGUACGUCCUUACCCCGGGGGAGUACGCCGACAGCCAGCAGUGGAUGGCCUUCAGCGACAACGUCAAGUCCUGCCGAGGCGUGAAGAAUGUUUACGGCAGUGCCUGCAAGCUGAGGCUCUACGAGAGGCCAGACUUCAGCGGUCAGAUGGUGGAGUGCUCCGAUGACUGUUCUUCGGUCUAUGAUACCUACAAGAUGCGUGAGGCCUACUCCUGUGUGGUAACAGAUGGCGCCUGGGUCUUGUAUGACCUCCCCAACUACAGGGGGCACCAGUACCUUCUGGAGCGGGGCGAAUACCGACAGCACAGCGACUGGGGGGCGUCCUCGCCCGGUGUUGGUUCCUUCCGCAGGAUCAUCAUUUUCUACGAGGACAGGAACUUCCAGGGUCGAUACCAUGAGUGCGUCAAUGACUCCAGUGAGAUGCACACAUACAUCAGCCGCUGCAAAUCCAUCAAAGUGCUGGGAGGAUUCUGGGUAGUCUACGAGAGACCAAAUUACAUUGGACACCAGUACGUGUUGAGUCCAGGAGAGUAUCCGGACUACCAGUACUGGCUGGGCAUUAACGACGCCAUCAGGUCUUGUCGCAUCAUACGACAAGUGGGGAGCUCGUGGAGAAUGACCAUUUGGGAGAAGCCGAACUUCGAGGGCGAAUCCUUGGAGCUGAGGGAAAACAUGCCGACCUUCCUUGAGCUCUGGCAGAACCGAGACGUCCACUCCUGCAAAGUGUWGGAAGGAGCCUGGAUCUUCUAUGAGCAUCCCAACUACAGGGGGCGCCAGAUGCUGCUGGAGAAGGGCGAGUACAGGCAGUACUCUGAGUGGGGGGGCCGGGAUCCCACUGUUGGGUCCAUCCGCCGGGUUAAAAGCUAAAGCAGUUUGAAGACGAAGUGUUUCUGAAAACCAUCUAUGAAAA